AUGGAGAAGACAAUCAAGAUUGUGUGUAAGGGAAUUACAACCACUGUUGCAGACUUGAUGUAUAUUGUGGGAAAAGAAUUAUAUUCUCUUCUUGUGUCAGAGUUAUCAAUUCGCUUGGUUCUGAACAUCCUUUAUUUGCAAUUGUGCAGAAGCUUUGCCCUAUGCUUCGUAGAAGAGGAUUCCCAGCUACUUAGCUUCCCAACCUUCACAGUGAAUUUUGAUAAAUGUGCUGCAAUUCUUGACUCUAAGUUGCUGAGAAGUAUCAACCACGCUCUGGGGAGGUCCUUUCCUUUUCUACGUCAAUUUCCUGAGAACAGUGGAGAAGGAAUUCACUACAUGGUGGUGGAAAUUGUAACUACUCUUCUUUCUUGGACAGGCUUGGCCACUCCUAUGGGGGUUGCUAAAGAUGAAGUGUUAGCAAAUCGAUUGCUACAUUUUCUAAUGAAACAUGUCUUCCAUCAAAAAAGAGCUGUGUUUAGACACAACCUUGAAAUUAUUAAAACUCUGGUUGAAUGCUGGAAGGAGUGUCUCUCCAUCCCUUACAGGCUAAUAUAUGAAAAAUUUUCUCAUCAGGACCCUAAUUCUAAAGAUAAUUCUGUAGGAAUUCAAUUGCUAGGCAUUGUAAUAGCCAAUAACUUGCCUCCCUAUGACCCAAAGUGUGACAUAGCAAGUGUAGAAUACUUUCAAGCUUUAGUUAAUAAUAUGUCCUUCGUGAAAUAUAAAGAGGUGUAUGCAGCGGCAGCAGAAGUUCUAGGACUUACUCUUCAAUAUAUUGCUGAAAGAAAACACGUACUUGCAGAGUCAGUGUGUGAAUUGGUUGUAAAACAACUGAAACAACAUCAGAAUAUUAUGGAGGACAAAUUUAUUGUGUGCUUGAACAAAGCAGUCAAGGGCUUCCCUCCCCUUGCUGACAGGUUCUUAAAUGCUGUGUUCUUUCUACUGCCAAAAUUUCAUGGAGUAAUGAAGACACUUUGUCUAGAGAUCGUGCUUUGCCGUGCAGAGGGAAUAACAGAUCUGUACUUCCAAUUAAAGAGCAAGGACUUUAUUCAAGUCAUGAGACAUAG